AUGUCUCUAAAUGAUCAGUGUGAUAAACUCAAUAAAAUUGAGCAAAAAGCAUUCGAAAUUAGAACUAAGAACUCUUCAAAUACCAGAGCAAAGUCUGUCCGUUCAUCAUCAAGAACCUCUGUCCAGGAUUCCAAGUACAUGAACCCUGAACACGUGGAACAAAUGAACAUCAAAGUGAAACAGCCUCCGAUCGACGAAAUCGAGCGACUCAAAGGGUACAAGUACGAGCGGAAGUACCUGCUCAACGAAAAGACCAUGCGCACCAACACAGUGCUCAUUUGCAAGUACGACAAAUGCAACAAAGUGUGCAACAAAACCUGGGAUUUGCUCGACCACAUGCGCAAACACACCGGCGAGAAGCCUUACCAGUGCAAGGUCUGUCUGAAGAGGUUCUCACAAAGAGGCAAUGUCAUAAAGCAUAAGAAGAUGCAUGAGAAGGGAGCCAACAAACGCAAGAGAAGGAGGAACACUAAUAACUAUUAAUUAAUCAGCCAUCAUCUUUAAAUAAUUGAGUCGUUUAUUUAAAUCUAAAAGAAUUCACCUACUGGAGCUCCAUAUGAUUUUGACGAUUUAAUUUACUUGGCUCAAACCCAUUGGAUAACUGAGUUUCAAUAAGAUUAAUGGAGGUUCUCAAGUUAUCAUAAAUCUGCCUCUAAAUUCUUGAAGAUUAUUUCUCUUUCUCACUCAAUGCCAUUAUGAAUCCUAUCUGAAGCAAUGGAUCUUAAAUUUUUGAUCCUUUGCUUCUCCUAUAAAAAUUGAAAUUUUGAGAAUACAAUACUUAUAAUUUAGCCAGACUCGUGAAUCACCUCCAGCUAAAUGAAUUUGAGAGCACUGAUGAACCCUUCUCCUUCAAAGCUCAUCUUA